GAGUAUUGAGGCAGGCGCAGUAGAGGACUUCCAUAUCCAGCAGACGGAGACAGGCGGUGCCAGCUGCUAGCCACAGUCGGAGACAGUUAGCAACUUAGCUUCAGCGUCCCGGCGCCUUUACGACGUAUACAGGACUGAGCGUGAGCGUGAGUGUGUGCGUGACAGCGUGCGUGGCGACGUUGCAGCGUCUGCUCAGCCGUCCCGAAGUAGCUCCGCGUGCUUGAGCGAUUGUCACAUAUAUAUAUAAACUCCCUUAUCUUCCCUCUGCCUCUGUUUGUGUCCCACACAAACACCGUGCCAGUCGCCUGUUUACAUUCGGUGUCCGGUUACUCCGCAGCGGAUCCACAGCACUUCCUGACACCGACUGCGCACCAGCACGAUGUUGGGGUACACUGUAGUCCGAGGUGGCCUUGGCCUGCUGACUGUGAGGAGGGCGUGUCUCGCCCCCCGCUACGCUCACUCCGCCCCGCGGAACGAGUACCGACCAAUCAAGAAAGUCAUGGUGGCCAAUAGAGGGGAAAUCGCCAUCCGCGUGUUUAGAGCCUGCACCGAACUGGGGAUCCGAACGGUGGCCGUCUACUCCGAGCAAGACACCGGACAAAUGCACAGGCAGAAGGCAGACGAGGCCUACCUAAUUGGAAAGGGUCUACCACCUGUUGCGGCAUACCUGGACAUUCCUAACAUCAUCCAAGUAGCCAAGGACAACAACGUGGACGCCAUACACCCGGGCUACGGUUUCCUCUCGGAGCGGUCGGACUUUGCCCAGGCCUGCUCCGACGCCGGAGUGCGGUUUAUUGGGCCGAGCCCGGAAACGGUCCGCAAGAUGGGCGACAAGGUGGAGGCUCGUUCCCUGGCCAUCAGUGCAGGUGUACCUGUGGUCCCAGGAACCGACGCGCCCAUCUCCUGCCUGCAGGACGCGCAGGUGUUCUCAAAGACCUACGGCUUCCCCAUCAUCUUCAAAGCAGCCUACGGAGGAGGCGGCCGCGGCAUGAGGGUGGUCCGGGAGUACGAGGAACUGGAGGAGAAUUACCAGCGGGCCUACUCUGAAGCCCUGACUGCUUUUGGGAACGGAGCCCUGUUCGUUGAGAAGUUUAUUGAGAAGCCGAGACACAUUGAAGUACAGAUCCUCGGUGAUAAAUACGGUAAUGUCAUCCACCUCUACGAGAGAGACUGCUCCAUUCAGCGGAGGCACCAAAAGGUGGUGGAGAUUGCGCCUGCCUUCCAACUGGACCCUCACCUGAGAAACAGACUUCACGCCGACGCUGUCAACCUCGCCAAACAGGUGGGUUACGAGAACGCAGGGACCGUGGAGUUCCUGGUAGACCGACAGAACAAACACUACUUCAUCGAGGUCAACUCUAGACUCCAGGUUGAGCACACGGUCACCGAAGAAAUCACAGAUGUGGACCUGGUGCAUGCACAGCUGCACGUGUGUGAGGGCCGCAGCCUGCCAGAACUGGGCCUCAAGCAAGACAAAAUCCGGGUGAACGGCUGCGCCAUCCAGUGCCGCGUGACUACAGAAGACCCGUCCAGGGGCUUCCAACCGGACACGGGAAGGAUCGAGGUCUUCCGGAGCGGUGAGGGCAUGGGCAUCCGCCUGGACAGUGCCUCGGCCUACCAGGGCGCUGUCAUCUCACCCCACUACGACUCCCUGCUGGUGAAAGUCAUCGCCAGCGGGAAGGACCUGAACACGGCGGCUUCCAAGAUGAGCCGAGCCCUGGCCGAGUUCAGGGUGCGAGGGGUCAAGACCAACAUCCCGUUCCUCCAGAAUGUUUUCAGCAACCACCAGUUCCUGCACUCCACCGUGGACACCCAGUUCAUCGACGAGAACCAGGAACUCUUCAACCUGAAACCCACCCAGAACCGAGCACAGAAGCUGCUGCACUACCUGGGUCAUGUGAUGGUAAAUGGACCAACCACACCAAUCCCAGUCAAGGCCAAGCCUUCCUCCAUAGACCCCGUCAUCCCUCCUGGCACCAUGGGCGACCCUCCGGUAGGUUUCCGGGACGUGUUGCUGCGUGACGGCCCUGAGGGAUUCGCCAAGGCUGUCCGUGCCCACCGAGGCCUGUUGCUAAUGGAUACCACCUUCAGGGAUGCCCACCAGUCGCUCCUGGCGACCAGGGUUCGCACCCACGACCUGAAGAAGAUCUCGCCGUUUGUCAGCCAUAACUUCAACAACCUGUACAGCCUGGAGAACUGGGGAGGUGCCACCUUCGAUGUGGCCAUGCGCUUCCUGUCGGAGUGUCCAUGGAAGAGACUGCAGGAGCUGAGAGCUCUGGUCCCAAACGUCCCUUUCCAGAUGCUGCUGCGAGGGGCCAACGCUGUGGGCUACACCAACUACCCCGACAAUGCCGUCUUUAAGUUCUGCGAGGUGGCCAAAGAGAACGGCAUGGACAUCUUCCGCGUGUUUGACUCCCUGAACUACCUGCCUAACAUGCUGCUGGGGAUGGAGGCCGCCGGGGCAGCAGGUGGCGUAGUGGAGGCCGCCAUAUCCUACACAGGCGACGUCUCUGACCCGAUGAGGCAGAAGUACUCUCUGGACUACUACAUGAACCUUGCGGACCAGCUUGUGAAGGCCGGAACCCACAUCCUCUGCAUCAAGGAUAUGGCCGGCCUGCUGAAGCCGCAGGCCAGCAAGCUUCUGAUCGGCUCUCUGAGGGACCGCUUCCCAGAUGUACCCAUCCACGUGCACACACACGACACCGCUGGGGCCGGCGUGGCCGCCAUGCUGGCCUGUGCCGAGGCGGGAGCGGACGUGGUGGACGUGGCGGUGGACUCUAUGGCCGGGAUGACGUCCCAACCCAGCAUGGGAGCCAUGGUGGCCUGCACCAAGGGGACCGAGCUUGACACAGGCAUUGUCCUGGAGAAGGUAUUCGACUACAGUGAAUACUGGGAAGUAGCCCGAGGCCUGUACGCUCCGUUCGACUGCACGGCCACCAUGAAAUCCGGCAACGCUGAUGUCUAUGAGAACGAGAUACCCGGAGGACAGUACACCAACCUUCACUUCCAGGCUCACAGCAUGGGACUUGGGAACAAGUUCAAGGAGGUGAAGAAGGCCUACGUGGAAGCCAACAAACUGCUAGGGGACCUCAUUAAGGUGACUCCGUCCUCAAAGAUUGUGGGUGACUUGGCUCAGUUCAUGGUUCAGAACAACCUGACCAGGGCAGAAGUAGAGGAGAGGGCCGAUGAGCUGUCCUUCCCCCUGUCUGUAGUUGAGUUCCUGCAGGGAUACAUCGGGAUCCCCCACGGAGGAUUCCCAGAGCCAUUCAGAUCCAAGGUCCUGAAGUCCCUCACUCGCAUCGAGGGUCGUCCCGGCGCCUCCCUGCCCCCCAUGGACUUCAAAGCCCUGGAGGAGGGUCUCCGGUCUGCACACGGUGACGAAAUCACCCCUGAGGACGUGAUGUCCGCCGCCAUGUACCCGAAGGUGUUCCAGGAGUUUAGGGAGUUUACUGCUAACUUCGGUCCAGUGGACUGUCUCAGCACCCGGCUCUUCCUAGAUGGACCCAAGAUCGCAGAGGAGUUUGAGGUGGAGCUGGAGAGGGGGAAGACCCUCCACAUCAAGGCCCUGGCUCUGGGUGACCUGAACAAGGCCGGCCAGAGAGAGGUCUUCUUUGAGCUGAACGGACAGCUGAGAUCUGUGCUGGUUAAAGACACUGUUGCCAUGAAGGAAAUGAAGUUCCAUCCGAAGGCUCAGAAGUCAAUUAAGGGUCAGGUGGGAGCGCCCAUGCCUGGAAAAGUCCUAGAGGUCAAAGUGGAAGUGGGAGCCAAGGUGGAGAAGGGCCAGCCGCUCUGUGUCCUCUCGGCCAUGAAGAUGGAGAUGGUGGUCAACUCUCCGGUGGCCGGCACUGUUAAGGCAGUUCAUGUGACGGCCGACUCCUCCCUGGAGGGAGAUGACCUGAUACUGGAAAUUGAGUAGAUUAAGAGGGUGGAGGAGGAGUAGCAGGGAGUUAAAUCAUCUGAUUCUGGAAUUAGUGAGAUGGAGGAAAAAACAGGAAUCCUCUUUGUUACAGACAACUGGCAGCUUCACACAGCUCCACCCACCGGAUGGGUGUAAAUCAUCAUGUAAUAAAGAUCAAUAUAUUCAUUUUAUGGUAGUUCCUUGUUGAAUUAAAAUCUCACCUUUCAAGAAUCAGUAAUUCCCGUAGGUGGGGUGAUUUAGGUCUUAAAUCUAUACAUUUCUUAAUGUCAUGUCGACUUGUGGCAAGUAAGAUUUCUUAGAACAUUAUACAUCUGAAAUCGUGAUACAUUCCAUUACUUAAAUGUGAUGCACUACAAAGUAACAAUGUGUGACAUUAACAGGGUCGUAACAUCUACUUGCAAUUUAAAAGUCACAUUUUCCAUUUCUACGCUGUUGAAGUUGUCUAAUAGGUGAGACUUUGUAAUAAUAACUACUAGAUGUUUUUGCUAUUACUCAGCGAGGGAUCAGACAUGGGAGAAACAUUAUUUUUUAGAAUGCUUGUAAGACAUUAUUCACAGCGGAGUGGUAGCAGUUGUUCUUAAAUAAACUUGUCACCUUUGGAAAGACAACGAAGCACACAAAUCACAAUAUUUUGUCCAGCCUGUCUUAGAAUGUGGCAAAACCUUUCGUAAUAAGCAGCAAGAGACGUCUUCCGUUGGAUCAGCAAAAGUAGAUUAAAAUUAAAAUGUUUCCCCAUGUACACUUGUCUUUAAAAUCCCAAAGCCGAAGCCGGCUGGAAACACCCAAACAGGAUUAGGGAUGUGAUUUUUAAGUACCUCCGUUAUGGUUCGUAGAAACGUUGCUUUCUUAAUCCAAAACCAGCUGCCCACUAAAACUAAUUGAGCUCUGUCUGCUGGAUUAUUUUAUGGGUCUAAAGUCAGUCUCAUAGUGGCAUUUGAGGCCUGGGGAUGUAGCAGCUCCACCCGGUCUUUUCUAAACCAAGCGGAGAUUAGGCUGCAUUGUCUCUUGACUGCAUGGGAAUUUCAACGCAAGGUGUAAAUGGGAUUACAUGAAGGCACAUGGUGUUAUUUUCUAAGUCUCUGCUGAUUAAUUUCUGAAUUAAUUUGCCGUCAAAUGAGGUGAAAUUAGCCAGACUAAUAAGAGACUCUGGAGACUCCCAGUAGCAGCAACAGUUUUAAGAUAAUCAAUCAGUACCCGUAGCGUUGCUGCCAGAGCUGAAAUAUUCACACACACGGAUGUAAAAAUAUUCCCAUUACCAAUCCCAAUCCCUGGAUAAAAAGAAAGCCAGGUACGCAUCUCCAUAGUAACACCAUCCUCCGCUUUGAACAGCGAUGCAGCAACAUGUCAGACGGCGGGGCUGAAUUUAACUUGGACAAUUCAAUGUUUACCCAGACAUUGAACAGGGUUAAAAAAAGACCACAUAUCAACCACAGGAGGUAAAGUGUCCCUGAACGCCUGUGCAUCGAUGAUGCCGUAGUUAAUUAGAAUAGCAUCGAUUCACCGCGCAGCUUAAUCCGUCUGCAUUUGAAAGAGUUGAUGAAAUGGUGAGAUUGUAUGAUUGAGUGUUUGACAAGCUGCUGCACAAUAAUGUAGGUUUCCUUCCUCUUUACAACCUCUCCUGCUGCCUCAUCCAUCUAGCCAAGCAGUUUUUAUAAUGAUAUUUCCACUCCACGACCUUUUGCUAAACAGGAGAACUGUUCAAAGAAUGACGGCAACAACUUUAGCGCAGUGUGUUUUUGUCCAGGCCAGCAGUAAUUAUAACAAUGGCCUCCUGUUAAGUUUAUACAAUAAAGUAGAAGUAAACAUCAGGAACGUGUUUCAGAAAGAAUGAAGCAUUGACCAAUUCUGAAAAUAGCGUUUGACAUUUCUUUUUACAUUCAACUGCUUUCCUGUUUUUCUGAAACCAACUAAACAGUUUAUUCAAUCUGUGCAGAUUCAGAAUGUCUCCUCGGAGUUUCUUUCAAACUGUUCACUGGUUUGGAAAUUUCCACUUUAAUCAUUCUCAUUUACAUGUAAAGUGUGUAUGUUGAAGUGCUAGGAAGGACUGAGUUGGAACGCACAAAAAGGAAAACCAACAUUGAUAAUUUUUCUUGUUGUAUCUGUACUUACAAAUAAAGUCGACUAUAGCUUAA